AACAUCGUCACUGAUUCAUUUUUCAUUCUAUUGACUCCAAAAUGGCUUGCGAGAUUCAGAAAAUCUGCGUUGUUUGUGGCAAGUCAGCUACCUCGAGGUGUCCCGACUGCAAGUCAGAUACAUACUCACGCUACUACUGCGGAAAAUCUUGUCAGAAGACGGAUUGGCCCAAGCACAAGGAAGCAUGCCAGGGCACCCGUGAUCAGCGCCUGGAGAAGAAACUUGAGCGGAUCGCCGACAUCUUGGAGCAAGUGUAUUACGACUUCCGCAAAAACACGUGGGACACGUCCGUGGCGACGGUAAUGGUCAGGGAUGAUUGCGUGGAAGUCUAUCCGAAUGAUUCUGAAGAACGAAGUAUGUUCGUCAAGUUUCCUGAGCAUCUUGCCAUAAACGAGCAGACGAGGAACGCAAUCCUUUGUGCUGCUAGUUGCAACGAACCACUGGCGUAUUUGAAUGAGAUGGUCAUUGCUGUGCUCAAAGGAAUGGAUGUCAAGGUCGAAGAGUUCAAAGUCUUCAUCCGCAAGAUUCAGCGAAAGGUUGUAUUUCGGUAUGGCAGCGGACUGGCUUUGGAUAUGUCAGUAUAUGCCCAUGAAACCCUCCGCAUCACCGUGCCUGGACAGCAAUGGAUCAUUGAUAUUACUGGUGCACAGCUUGGGGUUCGCAAAACGCUGUGGACUUGGAAAGAUUACAAGAAAGAAUAUCACGCGAAACCUGAGAUUGCAUACCCGCUUGGUACAAACAAAGUUUUGAUCAGGGCACUGAGCAGUACCCAGGGUCUUCAAGGCACGUGUCUAACGGUAAAACAGAUGGCAGCUGACACUCUCAACACAGCCAUUAGAGAAUGGACUGACAAUCACCAAUCCAUUGCAGCCAUGAUUCUCAAGGAUGAGCAUGGAUACAAAGAAGCUAAGCUCAGCCUUCUCAACAGUAUGGAUGUUGCAGUCCGCUCUUUUGUUGAGACAAACAGAUUCGAGACUGAGUUUCGAAUCGCCAAGGAAUAUGAUCGGAGGUACCCAGUCAGGGAAUUACAGGAAAUAUCUGCUAUCACCGAAGAAUAUAGCAAGGACCUUAUUGAGAAAUUUCUCACUAAGAAAUCUAAGUGA